AUGUCAAAUCCUCUUCCCUCUGUCCCCCCGAUGGCCACUAGGCCUGUCGCGGUCCCCGUCGAAUCAUCCUCUGUUUGGGAUCGCAUCUCGACGUGGGCGUCUGAAAACAAGACGGUUGUCUAUACGAUCGCUGGUGUGGCCGUCGUCUUCACAGGUGCAGGCGUCUUCUACUACCUCAACAGUGACUCGAAGCCCAAGGACAAUUCACCAAAGCUCAGCAAGAAGGAGCGCAGGAAAAGAAAGGAGGCCGAGAGGAAGGCUGAAGCCGAGAAGACAACGUCCACAGAAACUGUCGAGGAGAAGGCGCCAGCCCAGCCAGUCACUUUCGAGAGUGCCGAUGAGCUGCCCGAAAUCACCGAGGCGUCUGUCGCGACCUUCACAGAGGAGCAGCGCGAUGCUUACGCGGCCAAGCUGAAGGAUGCCGGAAACAAGUCCUACGGUAGCAAGGAGUACAACUCGGCGAUCGACCUUUACUCCAAGGCCAUCUUGUGCAAGGCCAACCCCAUCUUCUACUCUAACCGCGCCGCCUGCUUCAAUGCGCUCGGUGACUGGGACAAGGUUGUCGAAGAUACCACGGCCGCCAUCAACCUUGACCCCGAAUACGUCAAGGCCCUGAACCGUCGUGCCAACGCCUACGAGCACCUGAAGAUGUACGGCGAGGCGCUCCUUGACUUCACGGCAUCAUGCAUAAUCGACAGCUUCAAGAACCAAGCCAGCGCCGAGUCCGUCGAGCGCUUGCUGAAAAAGUUUGCCGAACAGAAGGCGUCAGAGAUGAUGGCCAACCGCCCCGUCAAACUUCCCAGUCACACCUUUGUCGGCAACUACCUGCAAAGUUUCCGUGUCAAAUCUCGCCCUGCCGGCUUGGAAGACUCGAUUGAGCUUCCUGAGGAGACCGGCGCCGGUCAACUUCAGCUUGGUCUGAAGGCCAUGGAGAAGAAGACGGGCGACGGUUACGAGGAGGCGAGGGCAGCGUUUGACAAGGCUCUCGAGCUUGGUGAUCUCGGCGACCACGAGGCAUUGGCCUAUAACAUGCGCGGUACUUUCCGUUGCCUGCUUGGCAAGCACGACGACGCCAUGGCAGACCUAACCAAGAGCAUUGAGCUUGACCCUAGCCUGACGCAGAGCUACAUCAAGCGCGCCAGUAUGAACCUGGAGCUCGGCGCUCCCGAGAAGGCGGCCGAGGACUUUGAAAAGGCGCUUGAGCAGAACGCCGACGACCCCGAUAUCUACUACCACCGUGCUCAGCUCCACUUCAUCAAGGGCGAAUUCUCUGAUGCGGCCAAGGACUACCAGAAGUCCAUCGACCUCGACCGCGACUUCAUCUUCUCGCACAUUCAGCUCGGUGUCACGCAGUACAAGAUGGGCUCGAUCGCCUCGUCCAUGUCCAUCUUCCGCCGCUGCAUCAAGAACUUCAAGGAGGUGCCAGAUGUCUACAACUACUACGGUGAGCUGCUGCUUGACCAAGGUAACUUCCAGGAGGCCGUGGAGAAGUUUGACACGGCCAUCGAGAUGGAGAAGAAGACCAAGCCCAUGGCCAUGAACGUUCUGCCCCUCAUCAACAAGGCCCUGUGCCUCUUCCAGCAGAAGCAGGACUUUACCGAGGCCGAGAAGCUGUGCCAGAAGGCACUUAUCAUCGACCCCGAAUGCGACAUUGCCGUCGCCACCAUGGCCCAGCUUCUCCUUCAGCAGGGCAAGGUGACAGAGGCGCUCAAGUAUUUCGAGCGCGCCGCCGAGCUGGCCCGCACCGAAGGCGAGACUGUCAAUGCUCUGUCCUACGCCGAGGCCACCCGCACGCAGCUCCAGGUACAGGAGAAAUACCCUAAGCUCGCCGCGAGGCUACAGGGCAUGAACCCGGCGCUCGGCCGGUAA